GGAAAUAUCGGACAAUCACACUUAUGGGUCCGAGCUUACUUACCACUUCGUAAACUUUUUCUUAGGUCCACCACAAUGUUUGACUCACUUUACACAACAGCCAGACAACGAAGCAACUCAAUAUACUCGCAACAAACGACGAUAAUAUUAACAUUCCCGUCGAUAUAAGAAGUCAACUCUGUGUCAGACAAGAUCUAUAAGAUCCAUCACGUUUCGGCUUUCUUCUCCCAAGGUUUUUUUUAUAUCACAUCCAAAGAAGAUGCCUCAACUUGACUUUGAACCCCUCGUCACUGACGAUACACGAAGUAUGACCCCGCCAAAAUUUCAUCUACCUUCUCUUCCUUCAGAUAUAAAAUACUAAUCUUCUUAUCAAUCUUGCAGUCCUGGGUCAAGAUCCAUUGAUCCCUCCUCAAUUACUCGUUUCCGAGAUCCCAAUUACGAACAAUUCUUUCAAGACCGUCGUUCAAGGACGAAAAGAUGCCGUCGAGAUUAUCAUGGGUAAAUCCGAUCGUCUUUUGGUCGUCGUCGGACCAUGCUCGCUUCAUGAUCCUACUACCGCCAUUGAGUACGCAAGAAAGUUAAAGGAUCUUUCCGAGAAAUUGUCAGACGAUCUGUGCAUCAUUAUGCGUGCCUACCUCGAAAAGCCCCGCACGACUGUUGGAUGGAAAGGUUUGAUCAAUGACCCUGAUAUUGAUGAGUCAUUCAAGAUCAACAAAGGUCUGCGAAUCAGUCGUCAACUUUUCUGCGAUCUCACCAGCAUUGGCAUGCCCAUUGCCACUGAAAUGCUCGACACCAUCUCCCCACAAUUCCUUGCAGAUUUGAUCUCGCUCGGUGCCAUUGGUGCAAGAACCACUGAGUCACAAUUACAUCGUGAGCUUGCAUCAGGUCUAUCUUUCCCGGUUGGGUUCAAGAACGGUACCGAUGGAAGCUUGACCGUCGCAAUUGAUGCUAUUGGGUCCGCGGCUGCCAAACAUCAUUUCAUGGGUGUCACAAAGCAAGGUCUUGCUGCCAUCACCAGAACUAGUGGAAAUGAGCACGGAUUUGUUAUUCUACGUGGUGGUACCAAGGGUACAAACUUCGAUGCCGAGAAUGUCCAACUCACGAAGGAGACUUUGAGUAAGAAAGGCCAAAAGCAAGCUAUCAUGAUCGAUUGCUCUCACGGUACAUCUACCCUACACAACCUCCAUUGAAAAUUCCGCUAACACCCCCAGGUAACUCAAACAAGGACCAUCGAAACCAACCCAAGGUAGCCCAAGUAGUCGGCGAUCAACUCCGCGCCGGUGAAAAAUCCAUCAUCGGUGUCAUGAUCGAAUCCAACAUCAAUGAAGGCAACCAAAAGGUCCCUGCUGAGGGACCAUCCGGUCUCAAGAAAGGCGUCAGCAUUACCGAUGCCUGUAUCAACUGGGAAUCUACCGUCGAAGUCCUCGAGCAGCUCGCCGGUGCUAUCCGGGAACGUCGCAAGCAUUCUUCUGCUUAGUUUCAUGAAGUUUAUGUUGGGACGAAUGGAAAGUGCUCGGUGACAAUUUUGGGGGGAAAAGAGUAUGGCGUAUAAUGGAGUUUUGACUGCUCCCGUCACUAUUUGUGAAAUGGUUCUCUUCUGGACAUGUGGAAAGUUCUACCGCGUUUGACGAAAUUUUCCAUUUUCAUCAUGUAUUUUCUGAUCCUGGUGGUCAUGGUGGUUUAUCAAUUUCGGUCAUUUCUCGAAUAUCAUCUGGAUAUUUAAGUAUUCUUACACCACAGAAGGAAAAGAAGAGUCGGUUUGAUUUUAGAUA